AUGGUUAAUAAGAUUGAACGAAUUCGAGAACGUCUAUUAUAUGCUGAAAAACUCAAAUAUCUGACAUUUUUUGGUGUUGCAACAAGUGCUUUUGCUGCAGUUAUUUGUGUAAUGUCAGCUCCAUUACUUUAUAAUUACAUACAGUACGUUCAGACAGAACUGCAAACCGAAAUUGAAUAUUGCAAAAGUCGAUCACUGGAGCUUUUCAAACGAUUAUCUGCAAGAAAUUUGAAACAAAAACGAGGUGGAAAUUUUGAUGAAGAAGCGUUCAGUAGAAAUGAUAUUAAUACAAUGUGUUGUGAAUGUGGAUAUGGAUUACCGGGUCUAGCUGGGCCAAAAGGUCGCGAUGGAAAAAUUGGUGAGGAUGGAUUACCAGGAAAGGAUGGAGUACCGGGAAUUGAUGGUGAUUUGGUCGUUGCCAAAAAAGUUGAAUUCUGCUUUGACUGUCCACAAGGAGUUGUUGGUCCUUCAGGACCUGCGGGUCCUAAAGGUCCACCUGGCAUACCUGGUAUACCAGGCUUGGAUGCUGAUGGUGGUGAACGAGGUCCACCAGGACCACCUGGACCUCCUGGACCACCAGGCAUACCAGGAAAAGUUGGACCAAAAGGACAACCAGGUGUUGAUGGACAUAUUAUCAAACAACCUGGACCACCGGGACCUCCCGGCAUACCAGGCAGGAGCACAAAAUUUAUGAGACCACCAGGUCCAAUUGGUAUUCCAGGAGUCCAAGGUGAACCCGGAACACCAGGACCAACAGGUGAGCAAGGUCCACCAGGAGAUCCUGGUAUUCCAGGACCUGAAGGUCGUCCUGGACUUCCUGGAGAGGAUGGUAUUACUGGCGAACGUGGACCAAAUGGAUCAUGUGACCAUUGUCCAAACCCAAGGACAGCUCCAGGAUAUUAA